AUGCGAGUGUACUCAUCAUCAUCAGGUCCGACGUGUGAGCUGGUCCAACUGGCGGCAGUGAGCGGGAAGCGAUUUCUCAACCUCUACACGGUGCCUCGUCGUCGAAUGGAACCGGGCGCAGCCAAAGUGACGGGCCUCCGCGUACGGAGACGCAAGCUGUACCUCCACCGCCGACCGAUCCCCACCUCACCCCUCCGCGAUGUGCUGCAGUCCUUCAUUGCCUUUCUUCGAGCGCUCGAUCGCCCCCUUCUGGUGGGACACAACAUCCGCCGUUUCGACUGCCGGCCGUUAGCCCGAGCCCUGGACGAAACGGGCCUACGAGCGCAGUUCGAGGCGUGCGUCAGCGGCUGCGUGGACACGCUCCCGCUGGCCCGAGAAGUGCUUCAGGGCUGCGGAAUGCAGAGCUUCAAGCAGGAGUACUUGGUCAAGGAGUUGAUGGGUGUGGACUACAAGGCCCACAAUGCACUAGAGGACGUGCGCUCUCUUCAAACGCUCUACAACGUGCUGCAGCCCAAACCGGAGAUGGUUGCACGCCACACGUUCAGUAUGAGCGAUGCUUGGGAGGUGGUGCAGGAGGUUACCAAAGCCCCUAAAAGGGAGUGCUUACUUCCAGGACAGCGCCUCCUUUGGCAGCACCUAGAACGGCCUGUUAAGGACACGGACAAGAAGGCGGCAGAUCACAACAAUACCGACUGUUGA